AUGAAGAGGAUCUUCGGGUUCGGGAGGAAGAGGAAGGGGCAGCCGCCCUCCGGCAGCGCCUCCCUGCCCUGCCCCGCCGGUGCCUACGAGCUCCGGCAGAAGGACCUGAGCAAGCUGCACCGUGCGGCCGCCGGCGGCGACCUGGCCCAGGUGCGGCAGGGGCUGAAGAAGUACGGCAUCGACGGGCGGGACAAGGCGGAGCGGACAGCUCUGCAUCUCGCUUGUGCAAGUGGCCAUGUGGAUGUUGUUACGUAUCUAGUAGAAAACAAGUGUAAGCUAAAUCUUUUUGACAACGAUAACAGAUCGCCACUGAUGAAGGCAGUACAGUGCCAGCAAGAAGAAUGUGUGGCUGUUCUGCUAGAGCAUGGUGCUGACCCAAAUCUGGCAGAUGCUGAUGGCAACACUGCCCUUCACCUGGCUGUCCUAUCUCCUAACACAGCUGUAGCGGGGCUGUUACUUGAGCAUAAUACCAACAUUGAUGCCCAGAAUAAGGAGGGAUAUACCCCGCUUAUUCUUGCUGUCUCUGAACGUCAUGAAGAGAUAGUAGAGUUUCUGCUUAAAAAAGGAGCUAAUGUGCAUGCUCGAGAUCAGUGUGAAAGAACCCCACUUAUGACUGCUGCUUCUGGUGGGGAGCUUAAUUUGGUAAAAGUUCUUCUUCGAUAUGGUGCUGAUGUUUCCCAUAAAGACACUAAUGGAUGGACAGCUGAGGAUUAUGCUGUUAUCCAUGGAUAUUCUAGUCUUAGUAAACAACUGGCAGAAUACGCAGACUGGGAAAACACAGGAGAAGCUUCUGCAGGUGGUGCACAAAGCAUCGUGGUACUUAGCACUCCUCACCGGGCAGGAGCUGCUGGCUUUACACUGGGUGCCCCUGCUGUGGACAGAGGAGGAAUGCAACAAUCUCCUAACCUGACAUCAAGAACAGGAAAAUCAAGGAAAGCAAUAGAUGACUUUUCCCAAGGAGACUCAAUAAGAAGCUCUGAGAAAGAGGGGAGUGAUGACAGUUGGCAUACUUCUGAGGAAGAAGAACUUGAUUUUACCCCCAAGAAGCUCCAGAAGCCAAACUUGACACUGUUAAUGAAUGCUUCCCAGCAGUUCAGGAAAAACAAUGAUGGUGAUGGUUCUAGAAUCGAAAGUCCUAAGUCACCAAAGAAAAGCCUCAAACAAAGAACCCCAUCAGAUGCAAAUCUGAACAAAGGAGGAUGUGAAGAAUCGUUGAAUCAAGAUGUCUCAGAUGCAAGCAACCUGGAGGAAGAAGAAUUGGAGGAGGAGGAAGAUGAUGAAAAUGACAAUGGAGAUGAGGAGGAAGAUUAUGAAGAAGAAGAGGAAGAAGAGGAGGAUGAAGAUCUUACUCAAGAUGAAAAGGAGGAAGAAGAUCUGGAAGAUGAAGAAAGUCAGUCAAAUGACAUACUGGAGGAAGAGCAAGGGAAAAAAACAGAACCUAAAGGGGAAAUUAACCAGAAAUUAGAGUAUUUUAGUAACACUAAGUAUGAAGAGGAAGAUCAGUGUGGAACUGGAGAUGUCUGUGAUAACAAUAAAAUAAGUAAAGAAGUUGAUGAAAAGGUGAAGGAAUCUGUUGAUCCUCCUGUGUCUUUUAUAGCUGGAUGUUAUGAAAGGUUGCAGGAAAAUAUAACUGCCAUGUCUCCAAAGAAAAUGAACAAUGAAGUGUCUUGCAAGUCAAUACCAAAACAAGCUGUCUUUCAAAAUCUGAAUAAUUUGCAAGAUACACAAGAAAGUUGGAACAGGAAAAGCAUGAUUCAAGAGAAGUUUCACAAAAAUGCUGACUCCUGUUUUGCAGACUCUGAAAUGACAGACUGGAAAAAAGAGAGACCUCAGCCUCUCGCAGAUAGCUAUGGUCUUAAGGAGAAAAAGUCAAGCUUCAGUGAUGGCUUUGAAAGUGGUAACGAUUCUUGGUCAGCUACAAAAAAAACAAGGCUUGAAAGUCAAAACCCAAACUCUGUUGUUCUUGAACAUGUAGGUGGUGAAGACACUGAAGAAGAGCAAUAUGAAGACGUAGAUAAUAAAGUCUGUGGAGCACUGAAGCAAGAAUGUGAAAGCUUCCGCUCAAAUAGGCAUGAAGAAAAUUUAAGAACAGCAUUUCAUUUGAGCACCGAAGAAGAAUCAUCUGAACAGGAAGAAGAGAAGGAGCAGGAGAAGAGAGAUACUGGUGAAGAGCAACAAACUGCAGUUGUUGAGAGUGUGAAAAAUUCUAUUUGUAAUGAUAGCCAUCAAGUCCACGAUGCUUCAAAAGGCAAUGCUGGUGCCCUGCCAGCAGCGGGAGCAGAGGAAGAGGAAGAUGCUGAAUCUCCCUGGGAUUCUGAGAUUAUACAGACGGAUUCUGAAAGUCCAAGAAAAGUAUCAUCCAGUGUGUUGCUCCCAGAUGCAGACAGAUAUGGAGCAUGCUCACAGAUUGUUUCAGGGGAACACGACAAUGGCUUUUUGGAGAAACCCAACAAUUCCCAGCUGAAGACUCCCGAACCUGUUUUGGAAAUGAGUGAAACCUCUCCUAAAAGAAUGCAGCAGAAAUCAGAUCUAUUGGAGGAAUUUGGUUUAGGAGAUGCAGAGGAUAUUGAAGGUGAGUACUCGGGAUCUACCUUUCAUAUGUCAUCAUCAGCUGAAAAAGAAGACAUCAAGGAUGGCAUUGGAAGCUAUGGGAUGCAGGAUAAAUACAUUUUAGAAAUUACCAACUUGAUAGAAAAAACAGCACAUGAAAAUCAGACUGACAAAGCAGAAAUUUCACAUCAGGAAGCCCUAGCAGAAAAUGAGGAAUCGCACAGUGCUGACAAGCAGUUAAGUCCAAAACUUUGGGAAGAAAGAUAUGAAAGAAUGUGGGUUGAAAAUGAGAAAAGAGAAUUGAAAACAAAUUUUAAAAACAUUACAGCAGAGCUGAAGCAGCUGUUUGGUGAAAUUAAUGGAACUGGGAAAACUACUUCACUUGUAGAAGAAAUGUCAGAAGAUGGCUUCAGUGAAGAAUUGAAGAGUUCUCGUGUUGUUUCAUCUUGUGCGACUGAAUCAAAUAAUAAGUUGGAGAGUAAAGGUGAAUUUGGAGAUAUUAAACAUAUGCUGGGUGAAAAAGAACCCAAAAUGGAGAUUGCAAUUGCAUGUCUUGGUGUCCUUCCUGAUCAAAAUAACUUAAAUGCAAACAUGGAAGAUACCUGGUGCACAGAUGUAGAAGGUAGCACAAAUGAUACAGAUAAUAGGAAGGUGCCUCUAGCAAAAGAGGAGCAAAAGAAAAUGCCUACUAUGGAAAUGGAAGAAAAUGAAAAUGGAAAUAGUAGAAAUGUAGAAGGAAGUCCUGAAUACUCCCCAAGACAUAGCUUAAAAACAGGCAUUUUGGAUGAGGUUUCUAAUAUUCUUCCUAAAAUAAGACCUGUUUCUACAAGUGAUGAAAAUACACUUUUUGUAACAGAAGGGAAACUUGGAAAAGACUCUGAAUUUAAUGAUGGUGUUCCCAGGGACUGCCUUAGCAACAAUAAUGAAAUAGGAGAAACAGACAUUGACAGUCUUUUUGCAAAUGCUCAGCAGUCGUGUGGCAUGCCGAAAUGGAAUCUUGAUGAAGAACUAAAACAAGAUAUGGAAAGAUUUAAGAGUAAGGUAGGAAUGCUGCAAAUAGCAUUCCUGGCUUUGGAGAAAGAGAAGGUACAGCUGCAAAAAGAGGUUGAGAAGAAAAAAAGCAAAGAAAGAUGUUUCAAAAUGCAGGAGGUGGCAAAACAAGAAGAUCUUGAUAAAAUAAAUACACUGUCAGGCAACAUUACUAAUCAGCAAAUGAACCAAAAACUUGCUCUAAGGAAGAAUGACCAUUUGAAAGUGGAGAAGGAAAACACUGUAGAAGAAAAACACAAAAAGAAAUUUCCAUCUGAGGAGAGAUCAAAAUUGAUGAGGUUGCCGAUAAAAGGUAAAUUUGCCCUGAGUGCCAAAGUUGCAAAGAAAAACAAAAGAUGGACUUCAAAGCAGAAGGCUAAUCAGCAGAUGAGCUCUUCCAGUGGCAAUAAUUUUCAAGUACUGGAUGAUGGCACUUUCAGUGAAACAUCUCAAGAUGAAGGAAGACCUGCAGCAAAAACAGGCGGUGAAAAAAACAAGGUCAGUAUACAAAUGGAUGUAACUGAUGACCUUGACUUAACUCAGUCAUCUGACACAACUUCAGAAGACGUUGAAUUGCCAACUUCAACCUACAAAGAGGCUAUGUUGCUAUUAGAACAGCUUAGUGUGGAUCAUACAGGUUCUGCUAUUUUGUUGAAAAUUCAAAACAUACUUCUUGAAUACGAACAGAUAAUAGAACAUGAAAAAAAUCGUUAUACAGCUGUCUUGAAAGAAGUGAGAAAAUUGGAAAGUGAGAAGGAGGAGUCACAGUUAAAAGCGGAAGAAACUCAAGAUUUGAAAUCCAUAUUGGCUCACCAAGAAGUGGAAUGGAAAAGUGAUAUCCAAAGCCUUAAAUUUACUUUGAAACAAGAAGAGGAAAAGAGGCUCAGAGUAGAAACGCUAUAUGAGAAAACAAGAGAAACACUAAGAAGGAGUGAAGAUCAAUAUUGUAAAGAGAUGGAGGAGAAACAGCAACUUGAGAUACACUCAAGGAAUUUAGAAAUGGAGUUAAUAACAGUGAGAAAACUAUUGAAACAGGUUGAAGAAGAGCGUGAUGAAACACAGAGACAGCUCUCUCAGGAAAAGAGUGCCAGAGCCCUGCAAGAAGGAAUUUUGAACAACCACCUUUGGAGAGAGAAAGAACUGGAAGAAGAGACAAGAAGAACCAUAGGAAAAAAUUCAGAGGAAUCUGACACUGAGAGAGAAAAGGAUCUGUUGUACAAAAAUCAGUUACUACAAGAUGAGAUUGCUAUACUAAGACUAGAAAUUGAUCAAGUAAGACAUAGGCAUCAGGAAGAAGAAGGAAAGUAUCUAGAGGAAAAUGAGACCUUGAAAGAAAAAAAUGAAGAUCUCAAAAAGGAACUUAAAUUGAAUGAGGAAGCCUUAACAGAAACAGUUUUUCAGUACAAUGGACAGCUGAACUUAUUAAAGACAGAAUCUGCAGUGUUAACUUCCAAACUUGAGCAGACAAAAGAAAGCAAAGACAAACUAGAAACAGAAAUUGAAUCCUUUCGUUCCCGCCUGAACACUGCUGUUCAAGAACUUGAACGUCAUCAGUCAUCAAAAAUUGAUAUCGAACGAACAUUUCAGAGAGAACGUGAUGAAUGGCUUCGCUUGCAAGACAAGCUCCAUCAGGACCUUUCUGAUGUGCGAGAAACCAGGAAGAACUUGUCUCAGCAGCUGAGUAAAGCUGAAAGCAAAGCUAAUAGUCUAGAAAAUGAACUUCACCAGUUGAAACAAACCCUCAGAGAAAAAACAUUGCUUUUAGAAAUGACACAAAAAGAAUUAAGUCAAGCCCAAUGUCAGGCAAAGGAAUGUGAUCAUGCUCGUCAACUUGAGAAAGAUCAAGUAAGCAAAUUUAUAAUAAAGCAGGAAUCCAUGCAGGAGCGAUUGGCCCAGCUCCAGAGUGAAAACCUUUUACUCCGUCAGCAAAUGGAAGAUAUGCAGAACAAGGGGAUCAUCAAAGAAAAAGUAGUAAAUGAUGUACAGGACCGGUUUAAUGAUAUUUUCAACAAACUAAGAGCUGAUACUGAAAAGCAAGUUUACCUAGUGGAAGAGAGAAACAAGGAAUUAAAUGCCAAGUGUACUGAUUUAAGAGAACAAGUCUUUAAAUAUGAGACUGACAAAGUAGAAAGAGAGGGCAUGGUCAGACAGCUGCAGCAGGAACUUGCCGAUGCUCUGAAAAAGCAAUCUAUGUCAGAAGCUUCACUUGAAGUUACUACACGCUACCGCAGUGACCUGGAGGAAGACAAAUUGCGCUUACAAAAAGAAUUGGAAAAGGUUAAAACCAAGUUGCGGGAGUUGGAAGAACAGCAUCUUCAGUCUGAGCAUCGUGUUCACGACUUGAAGGCCAGCUUAGAUAAUAAGGAAAGAGAAGUCAUAGCUUCUUCCCAGAAACUGCAGGACCUCCUGUUGGCAUCUUCUGGGACUAAUACCACUAUAAAACAACUGGAAGAGCAUGUGCAACGCCUCGAAAUUGAAAAUGCCAGACUGGAAGCCACAGUCCAGCAACAGAGCAAUAGGAUUGAAGCCCUUCAGAGAGACCUGCAAGCUUCUGCCUCAGUUCAUAACCGCCUGGAAGACUUGAUAACUGGCUUACGAACAACACAAGCAGCUGCAGAGGACCACCAGCAGCAGAUGCAAAAGCAGAACGUGCUGACUCUGACAUCAAAGGACUUGCAUAGCAUGCGGGAAGAGCAGUUGAAGUCAAGAUCCCACCUUGAAGAGCGUGUUGCUCAGCUUGACAGGGAAAAGGCUGAGCUCUUGGAACAGUGUGAGAAUGAAAGAAAGAAAGUGAAGAAGCUGGUAGAGUUGAAACGCCCAGUCGAACUGCGCCUGGACCAAGAAAUGAAAAGAAACAUCGAACUGCAGAAAGACUGUAAGAGGUUGAAGAGGCUUCUGAGCAGAGCUAUGAAGAAACUAAGGGUAUAUGAGGAGAGAGAGUCCCAGCUUAAUUUGCAGGGAGAAAUGAAGAACAGGUAUUCUGAAAUGGUCAAUGAAGUUGGUAGGUUAAGAACAAAGGUUGGUGAACUUUCCCAGCAGCUGGAGAUAGAGUCAAAAAAAUGCAUGCAGCUAGAAGAACAAAAUCAAGAUUUGCGAGAAGAGUUGUCCACCAUGCGUGGGAACCAUGAAAAACUAGAGAAGAGUAAAUGCCAACUGAAAGAAGAGGUGGCUAACCUCAAAUAUCGUUUGGAGACUAACAUGGUGGAUCACAGCCAAAUAGAACAAUAUAAAAGAGAGAUGGAAGAACGAGCUGGCCAAGAAAUAAGACAAAAACUACAAGAAGUGAAUCUGUUUUUGCAGACGCAGGCAGCCUCCCAGGACAGAUUAGAACAAAUCAGAGCCAGUCACCAUGCUUCACUGAGAAGCCAGCUGAAACACAGAAUUAAAGAUCUCGAAUGUGAAUUGGACAGGAUAAAAAAUACCCAACAAGACAGUAUUUUUCAAAAAGAAUCCACGCAGGCAGAAGUGGAAAGGUACAAAGAGCUAUAUCUGGAGGAAGUAAAAAUCAGAAGAGGCCUAGCAAAUAAACUGGAAAGAGCUAAUGAGAGACUAGCAGAAGCCAAUGCUAAGCUCCUUCAGGAGCGCCAUAGAAGCAAAUCUUUAAUCACGAGCAGCAUUGUCAGUGGAGGUCUGGCUGCAAGUCCAGUUCUGUAUUCAACUGAACUGGGACAUCUUGGCAACAGUUUGGCACUGAACAGAAGUCUAAGUCUAGGAGGAAGCUUCCUAAGCCCAACCGGCAACGCAUUAUCAUCAAGAAACAGGGUUGAAGCCUAUGUAGCCAAGCUUCUUAAUCAAAACUUUGUUCUUCUCUCUCUUCUCUGCAGCCAGAUACAUGACAAGGUACGGCGGGAACUGGAUGAAAAAAUCACUAAAGAACUUGAACAAGCCACCGCUGAACUUGAAACUGGAUCUGCUGGAGCUUCUCCCAUGAACCACAGAAUGGGUGAAGUUGGAAGAGACUUCUGGACGUCAUCUGGUCCAACCUCCCUGCCCAAGCUGGACCACCUAGAGGUGGUUGCCCAGGACUAUGUUGGCUUUUCAGUACCUCCAAGGAUGGAGACUCCACAGCCUCCAUGGGAAACCUGUGCCAGUACUCAGCCACCCUCACAGGAAAAAUGUGUUUCUUGAUGUUCAGACGGAACCUUCUGCGUUUCAGUUUGUACCCAUUGCCUAUCAUGGAUUUCAUGUUGAUUUUUUCUAUUAAAAAUUGCUGCAGCUUUAGGCAUUUGCAGUUCCUACAUCAACACCUGUAAUGCACCUGAAACACUUAAUAUGGGGGGGUGGGGGAGGAAGGAAUGUUAAUAUAUCGACUUUCAGUCUCCUCAGUACCUUCCAAAACUUGUGUGAUAGGAUAGCCAAUCUUUUAGUUGCUGCUGGCAGCUGAUGAUAUGGUGGCUGUAGCCUGGAUGUUUGCCAGUGUUGUAUGACACAUUUGUGUCAAUAAAACAAGCAGUUUUACUUAUUUCAGGGUUACCUGUUGUUACUGAAGAUGUGCAGUUGUAAUUUAUGGUCUGCAAAAGUCACUAGUGAUCAGAAGAUUAUAGAACAAAGUCCCAGUUCUGGAAAAGAAUGGUUGUACUGAGAUGAAUUAAGACUUUGAAAAAUUUGGGGGUUUUACCCACAAAUUCAAGGACUUGAGUUAACAGACAGUGAGGAAAGCAAUGAAUGCUGCUGUGACACUUCCUUUCUAUAGGAAUACAUUUUUGUGAAGCUAAUACACUGUAUUCCAGAUCUUCCAUUUCAACUUGAUAUUUAAUAAACUUUGUAAUCUAGUACAA